UUAACGUUCAGCCUUUUAAAAACAUACACAAACUUAGAAUAAGACAACAAAUACUCUUUAAAUAAUUGAGCAGUGUGUUGUUCAGGGUAAUAUCUCAGCUAUACUACAUCAAAGUACAUUUUUAUUAUACAGGGAGAUCUUUUAUUUGGGAAUGUUUUUUAUUGACUUGUUAUUUUAGGGGUCAAGUUCAAGGGUCCAACUCACCGGAGCUUCCUGUCUUUGUGAGCGUGAGGGAACUUUUUAUUUUCCUCCUCAAACCAAGGAAGUUGCAGAUUCCCUUUUCCUUCCAGCUUGGCACUUUCCUCAUGGAGGCCAGUGGAGGGUCUGACUGAUCAGUCUGGAUCUUAAAGCUGGUUGAGGUCCGUUCCACAAGUCUCCACUUCAAAGCGCUCCUCCAUCGUCUGCCGGAGGACCUCCUGUCCAACCCUCAGCUUACUGAUCAGCUCCUUUCAGAGGGAGACUUUGUCUCUUUCUGCGCCUGGUGGCUGACGGCCGGCUUUCCCCUCCUGGAUCUGACCAGUCUGUCUGCAAGCCUCACUCUGAAUCCCCAGUAACCAUGGAGACCGAGAUUGGAGAGAUACCAAAUGCAGCGGCCUUCAUCCCCAGCCCUCAGAGUGAAGCUGUAGCCAAUGAGCUGCAAGAGUUGUCCCUGCAGCCUGCCUCCAAUACGCUACAAGUUAGAGAGAGGAAGGAUGUUCUCCAGCUGAAGCUGCAGCAGAGAAGGUCGAGGGAAGAGUUGGUCGACCAGGGGAUCAUGCCACCGCUGAAAAGUUCCGCUGCCUUCCACGAACAGAGACGCAGCUUGGAGCGAGCUCGGACUGAGGACUAUCUCAAGAGGAAGAUCAGGGCUCGACCAAAGCGAUCAGAACUGAUCAGGAUGCACAUCCUGGAGGGUAAGCACCACGUUCAUUCUCCUGUCCAUCUUAUACCUUUAAAAAGGCUCCCAACAAACAAUGCACCUUUGUCCUGUCGCUGCGUACUUCCAGAGACGUCAGCAGAGCCCUCUCUUCAGGCCAAGCAGCUGCAGCUGAAGAGAGCUCGCAUUGCCGAUGAUUUGAACGAUAAGAUCUCCCACAGGCCGGGCCCGAUGGAGCUGAUACACAAAAACAUCCUACCUGUUCACUCGAGCAUGAAGCGGGUCAUCAUAGAGACUCGGUUUCCAAAGGCGUCAGGUGAUACCUCAUCGUGUGAUGAGGACAGCAAUUACAGUUUGUCUCCUGAAGGGCCGGGGUACCUGGACUCUCCUCUGGGCCUGCUGCCUUUGCCGUCUCCACCAGAGACGCCGGCUUGCAGCAGCACCCCAUCUCCCACACAGGUGUCUCCUCCUGCUCUGCCUCUCGCACCAAUCUCGUUCAAGUUGAGCGGUGGGACUGCAGCGUCAUCCGCCCAGAGGACUUCACAGAUAAAGCCUAAAACAAGCUCUGACCGCUCUGCACAAAGACUCAAGAAACCUAAGGACAACAAGCCAAAGAUUAAAAAGCUAAAGUACCAUCAGUACAUCCCCCCUGACCAGAAGGGAGAUAUAGAACCUCCUCCCCAUCUGGACUCCUCUUAUGCCAAGAUCCUCCAUCAGCAGCAGCUCUUCCUGCAGCUCCAGAUCCUCAGUCAGCAGCAGCAGCAGCACUACAACUACCACACCAUCCUGCCUGCUCCCCCCAAAGCUCAGACCGAUCAGCAGCCAUCUUCUUCUUCCUCCUUCAACUCCACGACUUCCUCCUCUCCUCCUCGACCUGUCGCUGCCUCUUCCAAAGUCCCCUCUAACCACGGCGGGCACAUCUGUCAGAGUUCUGCUGCUCUACGUGGGACUAAACCAGUGUCUCUACCGCCAAACCUGGAGGAAAUGAAGGUCGCGGAGCUGAAAUCUGAGCUGAAGCUGCGCAGCUUGCCAGUCUCCGGCACCAAAAACGACCUCAUCGAGAGGCUGAGGACCUACCAGGAGCUAAUCGGGGGCAGCGACAGUACCUCCUCUCCAGCAGCAGGGGGUACCACAGAGCCAGGGGCCGAGGGAGCAGGACGAUCCUCCAGAAACACUGCUGAAACCACUAACAACACUCCACAACCACAGCAACAGUUCCAGUGCCUUCAGACAUCGUCUCAGACCGGUUCGUCAAAAAGAAAAUGUGGCAGUGCAGCCACUCCUCGGCAGCUCACGAUGACCUGUGGUGGCACCACGUCCCCCCCGACCGCCUCAAUCACACACCCUGAAUGCUCGCCGGGCGUCACAAGCCCGGAAAAUACCAGCUUUAACGGCGACCCCUUGGAGGAAAUGAUGAGUUCACAACUCAGCCGGGCGAGCCUUCAGCCACGUUCAGCUGCUCGGCUCACCGCCAGCAUUAAGGAAGAGUCGAAUGGUGCCGACCAGGCGCCAUGUCAAUUCUCUUCCAAGCAGGCCUCUCGGGAGCACCACUGCCUGGUCUCAUCAACAGCCGUCACUAUGACAACCACAGCUCCGGUGGGGCCCGUGGACAAGGACAGAAUGCUGCAAGAGAAAGACAAGCGGAUAGAGGAAUUGACCAGGAUGCUGAGGCAGAAACAGAGGCUGGUGGAGGUGCUGCGGAUGCAGCUGGAUCAUGGGAAGCGAGGAGGAACAGAGCCGCUGGUUCUUGUGAGAGUUAAACACGAGCCUCCUGACAGACCCGACGUGCCUCAGUCCUUUGGCCCACAACCAAUCUCCAGUCCGCCAUCGUCCGCUCCAUGCGAGAUGGAUGCCAUCAAGGUUGCUGUCAAACAGGAAGCCGUCGAGGCAGAGGAAGACGCGCGUGAGACAUCGGCGCAAUUACCAGAAAUUUAUGGAUUACCGCGGCCUUUGACACAAACUCCGGAGGGGCUCGAGCGGGCUCAGCUCCAAAUCCAGCCAGAGCAGACGAGCGCACAGACAAAGCAACAACACGUCCGCCUGCAGCAAACCUCUCUGCAGCUGGCCCAGCAGCAGGCCAUACAGCAACUUUUACUACAGCAGCAACGCAGCUUUCCGAACGGGCAGAAGGUCAACAACCAGAAGCCCAUUCACAUGCAGGAAAACCUGCAAAAGCUUACUCAGCAGAGGAAGAAGAAGUCUCACAAACAGCAUCUCAAACAACUACAGCUGCAGCAGCAGCAGCAGCAGCAGCCUCUGCCCCUCCACCAGCAGUCAAAGCAGCACAACCAGCUGAAGCAACAGAUUCUCCUGAAGCAGCAGAGGUCGCUUUUACAGCAGCAGCAGACUAAACAACUGCAAGAAAUCCAGGUCCAGACAAAGAUCCAGCUGAAGCAACAACAAGUGCUUAUGCAGCAGAAACAGCAGGCGCAGCAGCAGGUUCUCGUGGUUUUUGGACAGGUGACCCAAGCGUCUUUUAACCAGCAGUCAGGCUCGGGACCUUCUUUCCCACUGGACCUCGUCAAGGACAACUCCACCCCGACUUUGGUCACCGACAGCAACGGCAACCACUUCCUGGUUGCACUGACCAGUCACAUCACCGACAACCAACGGACUGAUGCACCUGGGAACAAAGCAACCAAUCAUAUCGCACUGCAGCAACUACGGCCUAUUCCAGCCAGGCUCCAUGACCACAUCCCUUUUAAUCAAACCAAGCACAGUACGCACAAGGGACUUUUAACACAACAAGAGGCAACGCGACAGAACGGGGGACUUCCGGGGUCUCAGCCUCAGCGGGACGUUGCUCUAUGUUUAUCAGCCCCUCCCAGUCUGCGGCCUUUCUUUGAGGACCAGGACGCCGCCCCCUCUUCACCAUCCUCUCCAACUGAUCUGUGUCCCAGUCUAGAUGACUUGUUUAGUCCUCUGUCUGCAGCUUCCAGCGAGACGGCUGCCUCUUCGCCCGAUGACAAGGAUACAGAGCAGGAAGAGGAUUUUAUUGACAUCAUUUUGCAGACCGGAGAAAUGUCAACACCUUUCAACCCAACACCGGCCCCUUCUCACGACCGUCCAAAUCCACCAUCCUCUUCCUCUUCUCCUCACCCCUCCCCAUCCCAGCUGACGCUAUUCCCCCCAAUUCCAUCUCUUUGUGACACCCCACAGUCGGCCUCCUCGCUGGAGUCGGAUCUCCAGACUCUGGCUGACACCGUAACUGAGAAACAACACCUCAGUAGGGCUGAGAGUGGACGCCUGGAGGACUUUCUUGAGAGCACCACCGGUAAACCUCUUUCGGGGGCAGAGCCUGGAGGCUUGUUGACUUUGAUCGAUGACCUCCACAGUCAAAUGCUGUGCACCCCCAGCAUCCUGGACCAUGUCUUGUCCCCCAUGGAUACCUUUGACCUCGCAACGGUGGGGGAGCAUGGGCUGGACGGUAUGGACUGGUUGGACCUCACCAUGGGAGGAGAGAGGGAAGAGGAAACCUCCAUGCUGGCCCCACUGGGCCCACAAACACCCGCAAGUGUCUUUUCCACAGACUUCCUGGACGGCUCCGACCUGCCGAUACACUGGGACUCCUGCCUAUAAGCCGAUAACUUACUCACACAGUGACACGUGCAAAAAGGAACAUGUAACGUAUUGCUGAGGCUCCAGUAGCUGGUCACAGCACUAUUUCUGUGUCUUCUCACACGCUGCUGUAGUGAAUCUUCAAGCACUUAAAUUAUUUAUGUAGUUUACACACUGGUGUACCGAUGUGUGCGCAGACACUUGUUAGGCAGGUCCUAUAACUGUUCCAUUUGUGUAAACACAUUAGCGGGACUGCUGUGCAUUUCGGACCAGACUAAUGAUGAGACACAUUUAACUGAGCCGUGAACCCGUCGCUCAGAAAUAAAUGAAUCUCAUUAUUCUUAACACCAUGACAUCGUGAAUGCAUCAAUUGGACCUUUAUUUAAUUAGGAGAAAAAAAAUCCUUUGUUGCCUAUUGUGGUAAUGAUAAUCAAGAGUUUACCACUAGAGGCAAUAAAUGACCAAAGUUCUGAAGAAAGACAAUAAUUAUCAGCAUGACAGUUUCUAGGAUUUCUUAGAAAAGCUUCACUUUGGUGCUAUAUUUUCAAACGAUAUGAUUCUGGAUCUCAUGUUUUUUGAUUCAAGCAUUGUUAAAGUUGCCAUGUCCAAGGUUGUGCAGGUUACUGCAUUUAAUGCGUUACUACAAUUUGCUUCCUAUUUAUUAUCAUUGACCCACACGUUACACACAUACAGCAGGCCUCAGUGGCUGCUCUGAAACCAUUCAUUCAUUCGUUGAUUGACAACAGCGAUUGUUGAAUCCCACACGAGGCACUUGUCGGUAAAAAGGAUGGUGUUUCUGAAACAUUUUAGUUUUUCUACAGUCGACUGUGCCAGGCUCUCCCCUGGUUCUGGUCCUUCCUCCAGCGGGCCAAGCGAUUUGGCCCGGGGCUCAGGCACUCAGAGGAAGCGGCUAGUGAGCUCCAGGCCCUGCUGCCGCAAUCGAACCCCGUAGUUCCUCAUACCCGCCCCGCAGUGGAACUUCCUGCCAAGGCCGAUAUACAGGUCACAAGGUGAAAAACACUCACAACCCCCAACUUGUCAUUGGCUGAUCCCAUCUGGAUCGGCAGGGAGCGGCAGAGCAUCGGGGCAAACUCCGAGGUGGAGCAGCUGCGCGGCGUUCCUCGCCCCACGGCGAGGCGCGCUGUUGCGUGACCAGACGCAACAGAAUGCAAUCCCAUUGGCUGCGUUGUGGACCAAGCUGGCGCUGCAGCAAGAGAGCCUGGCAAAUUUCAAAGGUUCCAAUAACGCUUACCUCAAGACAGCCAAUCAAGUUGCAUUAAGGGCUACUCCAACCACAAAAUGCUAAAACAAGGCUAUUGACUAUUGCUGUCUAUUAAGGUAAAGAAACUAUUUUUUUUCAGCCCAUUAUUUUUGGAAGAGAAAGAGUAACGUUACGUCACGUUUGUGUGCAAGCAGUGUGUAGAGUGACAGCUUUUUGUGGUAACUUUGGACACUGCCAAUGUGUUUCCUUUCUUUCAAUUUGCACUUGUUUUUGUUUUUUUUGCAUGUUUACACACACAUUAUUAAAGGAAAGGAUAAUUCCUAGAGUUUAAUACAUUUUCCACGAAGGCCUUCUUCAUAACGAUUAAGUUAUUAAGUGGUUCCUCUCCAUGAUUACAUGUGACAAUCCUGUACUGUAUCAGUAAUGUUGCCAAUAUUGGCCUAUUUACGUCCUUUUUCUCAUUGAGAUAUUAGAAUGCUCUAAUAUACAAGUUUAGACACUUAAAUUGUUUUGAGAUGCAUUCAUUUUGUCUUUAUAAUAUUCUGUUGCUUUCUGAGGAACACUCUGUUAAUACAGCGUUGUGUUUACUGUGACAAAUUUUGACAAAAUGUCUGUAUUGUGAAUCCUAAACCUUGGGGAAGUACUGCAAAUGGAACACAAGUUCAUUUUGGAUUCACUACAUCUUUUGAAUUAAUCAUAUCACCCUUUUUUUAUUCACCAGAUAGAAACUACCCCAUGCUUUUAUUGAUUGUCUUUACAAUCAAGCUGGUUAAAGAAUAGUUCUGUCCUUAUACGAAACUCAGGUAACUCAUUUUUUCGUUGAUGUGAUCCGUCCCCCUGCUCAAACCCGCCAUUCAUAAUGCGCUUUGAAACUGUGAAAAUCCGCCUAAUAAAUUCUUAGGCUAUUGUGCAACAAGACUCUUAUCAGUAAUGUAGUACAAAUGAAACCUAAACUGAUGUAUUCUUAAGAUUUAUAGAAUAUUCAAAAUGUUAAGUGCAGUAUCCAGUGUCUGCUAAAUACUGCAAACCUGGUUAUUUUCUAGAUAUUAUUAUGUGUAAUCUCUUAUGGGGGAUUGUAAGUGCCUUGCAUGAUGCAGCAAAUCCAACUCCGUCCAACUUAUGUGAUCUUUCAAAUAAGAAUAAAGUCUAUUUACAGCUG